AUGAUAGCCCGUAGUUCUUCAGCUUGCAACAGCGGGACAACCUCUGCAGAAAUACGAACAGCAGCAGCAGCAGCAGCAGCAGCAGCGAAGUACAAUGCCGGCAGCAGCAGCAGCAGCAACAACAACGAAAACAGAAAGGGAAAAAAACAGCAGCAGCAACAGCAGCAACACCACCAUGAAGCGUACCCUUCCCGUCCUCGCCUUCUAUUGUCUUCGAGGGGCCCCGGGGGCCCCACAGCUGCGAGAGCGCCGAUGCCCCCCAGCAGUGAAGAAGAAACAACAGAAUAG